GCAAGAAAACUGGGGCCAUGAUGAACCGAAGGGAAAGGAACACGACACACAUUAGCUUGUGCCUCUAGGCGAUCAAAACGAAGCACCCACCCACCCCAGCAGCACAAACUCCUUCAACCCACGCCAGACGCCACACGGGGCACGGGGCACGCCGCCGACGAGAAACGACGCGCGACCUCCAUCCUUCCCGGCCGCCAACCACCCAAUCACGCGCUUCUCCACCCCUCCGAUCCAUGGCCGCCACAGCCGCGCGGGACCUCGCCGUCCCCGCGCCGAGAUCCACCCGCCCACGAAUCGGCGACGGCGUCUACGAUCGCGACGACUCCCUCAAGGAGAGCACCAACCCUAAAAGCCUCCCCGUGAAGAACCACAACCACAACGGCGCGUCGCAGCGGUUCUCCGGGAACCUUAAGCCGACGGCGGCGCCCAUCAUCGGCGUCUCCGGGAACCUCGGGCAGGGCAGUACUGCGCCCGCGCGGCGGCACCACCGCCCGCCCGCGAUGUUCCCGAAGAAGGCCAAUACGGGCGGCGGCGGGCGCGAACCGAAGACUGCGGUGCCGGAGCCGGGGUCGCCCAAGGUCUCCUGCAUAGGGAAGGUCCUCUCCGGCCGCGAGCGCGCCCGGCACCGGUCGCCGACGGGCGGGUGCUGCGCCGGGCUCGGAUUCUCGAUCCGUCGAAGCCGGUCCAGGAAGAGCGCCGUGGAGAGCGUCGAGUGGUCUCCGCCUCCGAUGCUUCCGAGGGCUAGCGUGGAGCGUAGGAGGGAGUCUGUUGACAAGGAUGCGGCGCUGCCCGCCGCGCCGGCGCCGGCGUUGGGUGGGAUGAGGCGGUUCGCGUCCGGGAGACGCGAGGCGGGUUGGACGGCUGGGAUGGAAGAUGGUGGACGCGUGGCGUGGUCUGGACCGUUGUAGUUCGUGCAGUGGGUGGUGAGCAUGACUGCAUGAGGAUUGCACAGUUUGGUUUGGCGUGGCUUUCCGUUGGUUGUUGCCGUGGUUUCGGGAGUAGACGUGUAGACAAGGAUUGAGGUAUGUACAUAGGUCUCGAAAUGUGUGUUUUGGAUUGCAGAUCACGCAAAUUUCGUUCCGGCUUUGUUUCCUUCAUUGCCACGGCGUGAAUCAGCUCUAGUUGUACACGGUAAUGAGGUUGCCAGUAACAUUUUUCUCUUGCGGGUUGCAAUGAUAUUGAGGA